UGUGAGCAGGUUUCCGUACAGGCUGAUGUCUGCGUGACGGAGUCGGACCGCGUCGUAUCACUGUGCAACUCCACGUGCCGCGGUCACUUCAAAGGGAAAAUAUGAAUGUUUAAGUUGCAAAGACACAAGUAUACAAAGUACAAGUGUGCUGCUGCAUCAAGUGUGAUAAAGGAGAGGACACAUGCAAAACUCAUUUUUAAUUUAGGCCAGAAUGCUCUGCUGUGUUGGAAACUGAUAAUAGAACUGAAUGUUUACAAUUACUGGUAUACUGCAUUUGCAUAGUUAUUAUAACCCAAUACGACAUUUGAAUGUUCAUCAACUUCAGCGUUAACUUUGGUUGUCAACUGGAAAUGUUUGAGAUUCCGUAUUAAUGCAUUUCACUGGGUGCCGUGAAGUGUUAAGACGUGAAUGAUGAGUUCAUUUCAAAGGCCUUGUAGUCCUUUUCGCAUUGGGGUGAAUUUGUGUGUGGAGGUUAAAAUAAGAUUGUUGAGUUGUUAGACAUUCUUUACUGCCCCUCCUUGAUGUUGUGGUCAGAUGUGAUUCAGUACAAUGUGAGAGACAUUAUGUUUCGUUAGUUGUUGGUGUGCUGAGCUUCUCUGAUAUCAGAUUCGUGACUAACUGGGCUCAAAGAAAGCCGAGCUGACGCCUCUUCUGGGGCUUUUCCCUGUUUAAAUCAGCCGUUUGUCGCCGGAUACCAGCUCUCACAGCUGAAAAUGUGUACAUUUCUAAAUCCCUCUCUGUCCACUCGAUGCAGCAGCGUUGUUGGUUGAUCUCUGACUGAGCAUCGUCUGUUCCACACUCUGGUCCACCGUUUCGUGGCACUUGACUCAAAACCACGCAAUCCGGAUAAGUAAAGCGCUUUUUCUGUCCUGCGGAUCAAUGAAGUCAGUGGGGGGCCCUUUUCUAUCUGAGACUGACAAAUUUGUUGCCAUAGCAAAGUUUCCAAGGAGACAAACGAGCCCGUCGAAACCCAAAGACGGACAAGAAGAGACGUAGCUGUAAAUUGGGAUUAAACAACACGCUUCACUGUCUGCUCAGCUGUACUUUUUCCAGGUCAAAUAGUCUCGUUUUAUUCUCAUAUUCAUGAGUAAUGGUUUACUGACACACAAAAACCCUACUCUGUCAUCUGUUCCCAGUUGAAAUAUUGAUUUCAAAGUGUGUAAUAAAGGCUGACCCGAUAAGCUGCGAGCUGAGUAAAACCAAUUAAUUCAACUGCAUCUCUGGGGAAAGAUGAGCAAAGCAGCGUCUGGGUGCGGAGCAGUGACCCAGUGGCCGCGCGGGCAUAAGGAUUCCUCUGCUUCUGCUGAUGUAACCAGUAACCAGUUGGUUGUACUGGUGAAAGAGGGGGACGCACACUGAUCUUAUUGGUCAGCCGCAGACCUGUGCCGCCUAUAAAGCGCCCGACAGGCGCUCCGGAGCAGCCGAGACCGUCUGAGGGCGCACAGCAGCGCCGCGGAGCGCACAGGCUUCCCCGCGGAGAAAGACACCUGUUACUGACGGAGCAAGUGGACAAAGACGACCGCGUGUGUCUCGACACCUGACUGCAUCGGCUCCACACGCCCACACGUCCCACUGUCUGGUGGGACCAUGUGGGUCCUGGAUAAGAUCCGCGGGACGGUGGAGACCGGCGUGCUGCGCCAUGGGGACAACCGAGACAAGAAAGACGUCCCGUACAGCAACGUCCUCACCCCCGACAAGAUCCCGGACUUUUUCAUUCCCCCGAAGCUGGUCUGCGCCCCGCCGGAACCCGAUGUCCCUAAUCUCCCGCCCAAAGAGGGCCUGCAACCCUCCACUUCGGAGCUGACCGUCAACAGUGGGAAGAAGAUCAGCAGCCCGAGAAGUCCACGCCUGGUGGCGAAGAUCGCGGGAGACACCAAGAACCUGCUGAGAGCGGCGAACCGCCACAUCAUACAGAUAGAGAGUGCGGAUGAUGUCGGAGACACCAACGCAGACCCCCAGUCGCAGACGGCAAUGUCCCUGCCUUAUGUGCCCAAGACUCAAACCCCUUACGGCUUUGCGACCUUGAAGGAAAGCCCACACACUCGCCGCAAGGAGUCCCUUUUCCACUGCGACUUAGCAGUCCCAUCACCUCCCCCAAACACCCAGAGGAAGACCCACGGGCGAGGCGGCGAGGGGGGAAACCACCUGAACCCGGCGGACUGCAACACCUCGCACAUGAAUCCCUACCGGUACUUCAGCGGUGGGGAAAGCGACACGUGCUCCUCAGCCGAGUCCUCCCCCUUCAGCUCCCCCCUGCUCUCCCGCUCCGCCUCCCUGCUCAAGAUCUUCACCCACGAGACGCAGGCCAAGGUCGUGAAGGCCAAGCGGUCGUUCGCCCGCCACAGCUCCCUCUCCACCGACGAGUGCAGCUCGGCCGAGCCCAGCCCCAACGUCCAGCGGCGGCUCAACGUGCCCUCCCUCCACGGCGCCGGGGGGUCGGACCAGGGGCUCCAUCGGGAGCACACCAUCAACCUGCACAAAGGCGGGUCGCUGAGGAUCAGCGCCAACUACGACUCCGGCACCUCGCGCCUGCUCAUCCGCGUCCUGGUGGCGGAGAGUCUUUACGACAAGCACUUUGACAUCAAGAGCAUCAACUGCUGCGUCUCCGUCUACCUGAACCCGGGCAAGCAGCAGAAGCAAAGGAGCAACAUCAUCAAGAACAGCCGCAAGCCGGUCUUCAACGAGGACUUCUUCUUUGACUCGAUCGGUUCGGUCCAAGUGAAGAACCUGCUCGUGAAGUUCAAGGUGGUGAACAAAGGCACCAGCCUGAAGAGGGACAACCUCCUGGGAGAGCGGGAGGUGCCUCUUACGAAGCUGCUCUCGGGAGUUUGAAGCCACGGCACCUGGGGGGUGUCAAAGAAGGG